GGCCGAGAUCGCGCCCGACCUCUCGCGAGAGCUUGCGCGUCUUCCCGGCUCCCGGCGGCCUCUGCGCUUCCUCUUUCCCGGCCGCAGCCUUGAGUUGAGCAGCAAAGAUGGUGCGCUACUCUCUGGACCCGGAAAACCCCACGAAAUCAUGCAAAUCACGGGGGUCCAACCUGCGAGUGCAUUUCAAGAACACUCGUGAGACAGCCCAGGCCAUUAAGGGCAUGCACAUCCGCAAGGCCACCAAGUACCUGAAAGAUGUCACCCUGAAGAAGCAGUGCGUUCCUUUCCGCCGCUACAACGGGGGUGUCGGUAGAUGCGCCCAGGCCAAGCAGUGGGGCUGGACUCAGGGUCGCUGGCCAAAGAAAAGCGCAGAGUUCUUGCUGCACAUGCUCAAAAACGCAGAGAGCAACGCUGAGCUCAAGGGUCUUGAUGUGGAUUCUCUGGUCAUCGAGCACAUCCAAGUCAACAAGGCCCCCAAGAUGCGCCGGCGCACCUACAGAGCGCAUGGCAGGAUCAACCCCUACAUGAGCUCCCCCUGCCACAUUGAGAUGAUCCUCACUGAGAAGGAGCAGAUUGUCCCCAAGCCGGAGGAGGAGGUUGCUCAAAAGAAAAAGAUCUCCCAGAAGAAGCUGAAGAAGCAGAAGCUCAUGGCUCGGGAGUAAGCGUGCUGCUGCAGAUGUACAGGAAUAAAUACUAUAAACUCCA